GUCGUGCUCCGGUUUAGGCGUGGCGUCCGCUCAGGGCGCUUGAAGGAGACUUGGAGAUUUGGGGGUCCCGCUGCUUGAGUCGCUGCCGCCGCCGCCACUGCCGCCGCCACUGCCGCCGCCACUGCCGGCCAUCCAUGAGGAAGAUGCUCGCCGCUGUCUCUCGCGUGUUGGGCGUCGCCCAGAAGCCGGCAAGCAGAGUGCUCGUGGCCUCCCGUAAUUUUGCAAAUGAUGCUACAUUUGAAAUUAAGAAAUGCGAUCUUCACCGGCUGGAGGAGGGCCCUCCUGUCACCACAGUGCUCACCAGGGAGGACGGGCUCAAGUACUACAGGAUGAUGCAGACGGUCCGCCGGAUGGAGUUAAAGGCAGAUCAGCUGUACAAGCAGAAGAUUAUUCGUGGUUUCUGUCACUUGUGUGAUGGUCAGGAAGCUUGUUGUGUGGGCCUGGAGGCCGGCAUAAAUCCUACAGACCAUCUCAUCACAGCCUAUCGGGCUCAUGGCUUUACCUUCACUCGUGGGCUUUCUGUCCGAGAAAUUCUCACAGAGCUUACAGGACGAAGAGGAGGCUGUGCUAAAGGGAAAGGAGGAUCGAUGCACAUGUACGCCAAGAACUUCUACGGAGGCAACGGCAUCGUCGGAGCUCAGGUGCCCUUGGGAGCGGGGAUUGCUCUGGCCUGUAAGUAUAACGGAAAGGAUGAGGUCUGUCUGACUUUAUAUGGUGACGGUGCUGCUAAUCAGGGUCAGAUAUUUGAAGCUUACAACAUGGCAGCUUUGUGGAAACUACCAUGUGUUUUCAUCUGUGAGAAUAACCGCUAUGGAAUGGGAACAUCUGUUGAGAGAGCAGCGGCCAGCACAGACUACUACAAGAGAGGCGACUUCAUCCCUGGGCUGAGGGUAGAUGGAAUGGACAUCUUGUGUGUCCGGGAGGCAACAAGGUUUGCAGCUGCCUACUGUAGAUCUGGAAAGGGGCCCAUACUGAUGGAGCUACAGACCUACCGUUACCACGGACACAGCAUGAGCGACCCUGGCGUCAGUUACCGUACCCGAGAAGAGAUUCAGGAAGUAAGAAGUAAGAGUGACCCUAUCAUGCUGCUCAAGGAUAGAAUGGUGAACAGCAAUCUGGCCAGCGUUGAAGAAUUAAAGGUAGGCUCAACCAGUGUUUCUGCACCCAGAAAGCUGCCGUUCCUGGGGGAGCUGCCUCGGUCAGUGGGAAAGGAUGGAUUGUGGUGUCAGCAGGAUAUGAAGCAGUCCUAUUUGCUUAACCUUGAGACCCAGCAGCACAGUUCUGUGUUCCUAAAAAUAGACUCCAGGUAUCCAUCAGUGUUCCCAGUGGGGCUCCAAAAUAUUCCUGUGAUCAUUGCCAUUAUAAACACGUCUUCAAAAAUAGCAACUGUUAGUACUUCCAGGCCUAGAAGGGUUCUGGUUCCCUACUAGCAACAGGUUCCGAGUAGAACUAGUUGGUGUCCUAAGCGGCUGGUUAUUUAAAAGCCUCUU